UAAAGUCGUGUUCCUUCUCACAUAAUAACGCGCCCCACUCUUCAUCUUGAGAAACUCAAAUAAAUAGAACCCCGUAAAAUUGGAAAAUUUUAAAACGACGCUGCAAACUUUGGUCCCCCGGCUUUGCCUUUUCUUCUCUCCCGCCGACGCACCAACGGUUCGCCGUCGUUCCUCGGCGCCGCCGCCGCCGCUAUAAGUAUUCUGCGAAAGAAAUUUCGUGAAGCUCUUCAAUACAAUCUUUCAUUAUUAUUAAUCUCCACAUUCUCUUCGCGGCGCUCGACGAACGGUCAUUUCCUAUUUUCUGUUUUUUUUUCCUUUCCCGUAGGAUCUUCGUGUUAAACAGGGUUUCAAAAUGAUUGGAUCUUUUCUGACAAGAGGACUUGUGUUAAUUUUUGGUUAUGCUUAUCCUGCGUAUGAAUGCUAUAAAUCAGUGGAACUGAACAAGCCUGAUAUUGAGCAGCUUCGGUUUUGGUGCCAGUAUUGGAUCUUAGUGGCUGGCUUGACGGUUUGUGAAAGGAUUGGGGAUACUUUCAUUGGCUGGAUUCCAAUGUAUGGUGAGGCCAAGUUGGCCUUCUUUGUAUACUUGUGGUUCCCUAAAACUAAGGGAACAACAUAUAUAUAUGACUCCUUCUUUAAGCCCUAUGUUUCAAAACAUGAGAACGAAAUUGAUCGCAAUCUGUUAGAGCUGAGGACAAGAGCUGGAGACAUUGCAGUUUUGUACUGGCAGAAGGGAGCAAGUUAUGCCCAAACUAGAAUUUAUGACAUUUUGCAGUAUAUUGCUUUACAAUCAACGCCCAAACGAACAGCUCAGCCACAAAAUCAAGGCAGUCAAGUCCAGAAACCCACUGCAGCAAGAUCAACCCAGGAUGCGCAACCCGCUUCUCCUGCUUCUAGUACAUCUGCGAGAGAGCACAAACAGGACGCAACAGAAGUAGCACGAAAAACGGAGGAUGCAAAAAAAGCAGCUCCUUCUUCAGCAGCCCUCAAUGAACAAAAAACAACACAGGCUCUUGUUGCAAGCAGGAAACCUUCAAAUUCCAAUGAGGAGCAGAAAAUGCAAGUCGAUUCUGUGUCUCCAUUGGCAAAUGAAAGUGCUCAACCUGCUCUACAAGACAAGGUUGUUGAAGAAGCUGGACGAUUGACAAGAGCUAGGUCUAGGAAAAUACGAGCAUCAAAUAACUAAAAUUGUAAUUCCGCUUGCAUUUUGGCAGUUGGUGGAAUCAAAUGCGUUGUUGCUAUCGCUAUUGUACAUUCUUAAUUUUCGAGUUGCUACAGUUGCUUUGCUAACCAAUUUCAAUUUUCUUAAUUCAUCUUCAGUUUGAUCCUUCUUCAGGGGGGAAAAGACUGAGUUUUGCCCAA